GAUCAUUCAGCGUUGUCUGGACCGACCGCCGUCAUUCCUUAACUCUCUCUGUCUCUCUCUCUCUCUCUCUCUUUCUUUCAUCUCACCAACGUCCGGAGAUAAGGUUGCUGAGGUCAGACGUUGGCCGAUGCUAUGCUAGAGUAGCCUUGCGCCCUUUGUUUGUGGUUUUUUGUUAUGUGUAUUCUUUCACCUUGUGGCCAGUUUCGAUCCUCCGGUCUCCGUCCUCUCCUCUCCCCGUGUGACGUCUCUCUCCUUGCAUGCUACCGACUAGUCUGUCGGCCCUCCUAGUCACCACGGAUUAUAUAUAUAGAAGAAAUAUUACCUUGACUACGAUUCCAAGACCUCUUUUCCUCCUAUCCUCUGCGAGUUCGUCCUAAAAACCGCCCCAAUGGCCACCUCCGCCAUACCGACCGGCGGUAUGAUCGACCCAACGAAACAAGCCGAAUACCCAGUGCUUCUGGGCGACAGAUUAACCAGGCAAGACACCUUCUCGCAAUCACGGUUGAUCAACUUCAAUUACAACUACAAGACCAAAUCUGCAACUCCACAGCAGCGAUCGACGAUCACCCGUUCGUCGCAAUCCCAGGAUCUUUAUAAUCUCACUAUCACGGACAAGCCACAGAGCACGGAGAACAAUAAAUUGACAUACUUGUAUGAAGGUAGUGUGGAUCCAACACAGGAGUCUGAAGUGGAAGAUUAUGUUCUGGUCUUCGACUCGGAUCGCAAAGCGUUCGUGCUGGAGCCAGUCGUAACAAGGUUGAACUUCAACCUUCGAUCGGCCCCAGUAAAGACAGAAAAACAGGUGCUGGAACAAUAUGAACAGCUCAGGACUCUGCAGGAGGAUCAGCAAGUGUCGGGGGAUGAGCAGGCGCCCGAAAGUGUCGACGAGGAUGAGGAUGGCCCUGCGGAUGAGAGCAAUCCCUACGAUUUUCGACACUUCCUUCCCAAGGCUGGUGAUGAGGAUGAUGAUGAAAAAGAAAAGUCUUCGUUUGAUCGGAUUACCCCAGAGCCCCAGGUCACAAGCAAACCCGAUACUCUGUCGAUACCUGCACCUGCCAAACGUGCCCCAAGCCCGAAGCCGCGACCAAAUACCCAGACCAAUCCUCCCCGACAAAAGAAGACCGAGCCAGCGAAGAAGAAAACAGAACCUACCAAGAAGAAGGCAGAACCUACCAAGAAGAAGGCAGAGCCUACCAAGAAGAAAGAACCACCACUGCCCGAGCCAAGCCCCAAGCCCGAGGCCAAUAUCGAAGUGGAGGAGUUCGAAGAGCCCGAAUCCAAAUCGACACCUUCCGAUACAGGAACUGCUGCUCUGGAAUCGCAUAAGACUAUUCCGUCGCCAGGUUCUAAUAUCAUUAUCGAUGGAGAUUUGAUUAUCGAUAUGGGGUCGCCGCCUCCGUCUCGCCCUGCCUUCAAUAUCAAUCCAGCCCAUUUCUCUUCGAAUGGUACGCCUUCGAAUGGCGCAGAAGACGACGAAGAUGAUGAGGAGAUGGAAGAUCUCAGACUCCCGUCUCCUGCUGGACAUACCGCUCCUGCGCAGCAGGCCCCACCUGAGCCGGCUCAGGAAGAGGAGGUUGAAGAUGACGAUGCUCUGGCAGCAGAAAUGGAAGCCGCUUUUGAAGAAAGUGCAAGAGAAGAACAAAACGCGCAUAGUUAUAGUCAACCAGCAUCGCAACAAUACCACGCUCACAGCGACGAUGAAAGUGAGGUCAGAAGCGCCUUCGCAAUGGCGUCGUCUCGUCCCCACCCCGACCAGCGGCCCGUCCCAUGUCCAUCGAAUCCGAUCCUCCUCGCGUCGCAAUCGCAAUGGUUCUUCACAGACGAAGAACUCACACGAACACCCUCCCAGCUCGACGGGAUGAAAUUCGAGACGGAAAACCAAAGCCGCAGCAAAGGCGUGAACUUUAUCACCCAGGUCGGUAUCAUGUUAAAACUACCACAGCCCACACUUGCAACGGCAGCGGUGUACAUGCACCGCUUCUUCAUGCGGCAUAGCAUGGUCGACACCCCCCGACACCCGGGAGCGCAUCCGUACAACAUCGCAGCUACGUCGUUAUUCCUCGCGAUGAAAGUUGAAGAGACCGUUCGUCGGAUGAAGGAGAUUAUAAUCUCAUGCUGCCGGGUCGCACUCAAGCAACCAAACAUGAUCGUGGACGAACAGUCCAAGGACUUUUGGAGGUGGCGCGACACAAUCCUCCAUCAUGAAGAUAUACUGUUAGAAGCACUAUGCUUCGACCUCCAACUCGAACAACCCUACCGCCAACUCUACGACUUCAUGUGUUUCUUCGGCGUCCAGGACCACAAACACCUCCGCAACGCUUCGUGGGCCUUCCUUAACGACUCCAUGUUCACGAUGCUCGCAAUACAGUUCAGCGCGCGGACUAUCGCCGCUGCAGCACUGUACGCUGCAGCCCGCAAUUGCGAUCUCGCAUUCAAGGACGAUGGUGCUGGUCAGCCGUGGUGGGUGCAGUUAGAUGUUGAUUUGGGGGAGGUGCGGCGCGCUUGUAUGCGCAUGGCGCAGUUGUAUGAGAAUAAUGCCAUGCAGAGACAUAGCCAGUACUACCCGACCAUACCCGUUACGGCUUUCGAGGAGGGUACUGAGAAGACUAGGAUUAUGCGGCCGGGCGCCAACCCCUCGAAUGAAGAGAGUAUGGGGAAGAAACGGUCAAGAGAACCGGAGUCAGACUCUCGAAACGACCAGGGUCAUAGUCCAGCUCCGACGAACGGGGAACAACCCCCUAAGCGACAGCGAACGAUCGAACCGGAGUCUGAUACACAACAAUCAUCAUCCUUUACAGAACCAUCCUCCUCUCAGAACCGAUCUACGAGUAUGAACACGAAUGGCCGUUUAGCACCACCCUCGCAAAACCCCAAAGAUACCAAACCCCAACCCGAAGAGGGCGAAACAGACCCCUUCUCAGAAUCUCGAGACCGAUCUCAAGACCGAUAUUGUGAUCAUGACCAAGAUCGAGGCUGCGAUAGGGAUAGGGACCGCGAUAGGGAUAGGCAGUAUCCAUACCGGGGUCAUUCACGACCACCUCCGCCUCCACCGCCGCCGCCGCCGGAGGAGGACAAGGAAGAGGGAGAGGCUGAGGGGAGUGAAGAAGGGGAGCUUUGA